UGCCAGACGUGGCUAUAGUAGUACUUGAACUGCCUAAUGGUAAUAAUUUGUGGUGGAAAAUUAGUAAGACAUCAUUACUCCACACUCUGACUCUGAAGUGUGAAACUUAAAACGAAGAAAACACUCUGUGGAACUAACAAGGCCAAGAUGAAAAGUUUCUGGUGUGUGCUCUUUGCUAUUUCUUUACCAGCAGGAUGCUUCAGAGAAGGAAAGGCUGAGGAAGCAAUUGGAACUCUGGGAGGAUCUGUAACUUUCCAUCUGAAGACUUCGAAACAAUUCACAUCAAUCACCUGGCUUAGAACGGUCCAAGAUAAUCCUGUUCAUUUUGCUUCUCUGGAUCUGGAAGCAGACCGGCCCUGUCACAUCAAGGUUAUCCUCCCAAAAUUUGAAAGGCGAUUGAAUGUCUCAAGGGACUGCAAGAACUUACAAAUCAGUAAACUAACUCAAGAUGACUCUGGAAGAUACAGAGCACAAAUAGGGGAAGAUGGUGAGAACUUCAGGCUGAAGGUGUACAAACAUCUGUUGGAAAGUGAUCUGGAAGUCCAGUGUGAAAAAAAUGCCCCACUCAGUGGAGAGAAUUACACUUUGCAGCUGAACUGCUCUGCAGGGAAGUGGGGAGAUGGAGUGAAUUACACCUGGACCUCAACUAGCAAAAAUAUAAAGAGCUCCUCUUCUGUUAUCCAGAAUGACUUUCAAGACAGUGACACAAACUACACCUGCACAGCAAAGAAUCCUGUAAGCAAUGCCUCCAAGACAGUCUCCAUAGAGCAGGCCUGUGAUGGUCAAGCUGCUCCAACGACGGGACCUGGGACAGUGGAUACCACGGAGACUGGGAACCAACAAGAAGGGUCUUCUGCAAGUGAAAAAGUGAUUCCUGUGGUGAUAGUCCUCAUAAUUGUCAUAAUAGCAGCUGCCAGCAUGGGAUAUUGUCUGUGGAAGAAGAAGAAAAUUGCUGCUCACAGAGAGCCUCGAGAUUCUCCUCACUGCACAGCACCUGAUGAAUCCAGCAAGACCAUUUAUGCCCAAAUUGAUUGCCUUCCUCCUGAGAUUCAGCAAACAGGCACAAAGAAACCCCAACAGCGGAAAGGACCGAAAACUAAGGAGGGACCCCAUACAAUCUAUGCUAGUGUUGUCCAACCCAAACCGGUUCCUUUGCAAACAGAUGAUGAGAAGAUACAGAUGGAGGGCCAAGAAGCCAGAGAGAAGAGCAAGAAAACCAUUUACUCGAGUAUUACCAAACCACAAGAGACCGAAGACCCCAGCAUCAAAACAGUCUACGAUACAAUCCACGCUCCAAGAUGUCCUGAGGAAUCAGAUUUCCACAAAUUCCUCUAACAACCCUGUAGAUAACAGCAUGAUGGGCAGUCCGCACUGAUUUUCUAUAAGUUGACCCCAGUCACAGAAUCAGCAUCUUCCCAUAUGAAGAUCAGAACAUAUGAAAAGCCUACAAGCGCUGACUAUCUAGCGCAACUUGCUAGCUCCAAAAAUAGCCAAACCAGAGGUUUUUUUCAGGAAGCCCUCAAGGGGGGCAUACCGGCAAUAGCUGUCCUCCAAUAAAUGCAUCAGCUAGUAUUCAGAGAUACACUGCCUCAGAUCAAAGCGCCAUUUAUCUAUAAUAGCCACUGGUUGUCCUUCUCUAAGAAUGUGUCUGAUCUCUCUUUCAAACCAUCCUAAGCCAGUGGCCAUCAUGCUUUAGCAAUGGAUUUUAUUCUUAACUGUGUGUUGUGUGUAAAAGUACUUUUGUUUGCUCAUGUGGCCCUGCCCACAGGGUUGCAUCAUUCAGACAAACGUCCGCACGAUGUGGAAUGACUUGCAGUUCAUGGUUGCUUCAGGUGGCAAACUCUGUCCCACGUGGCCCGUUUGUUAGGCAGUGAAAUUGAUCUGCAUUUGCUUGAACAAUCAUCCAGUCUUUGGAAAGAUUUAUCAGAUGAGCAGUUUGGAGUUGGGCUGAAAUACUCCUGCGCCUGUUCACCAAGUUAUUCAAUCAGAAGGAAUUUAGAAGCUCCAAGUGGAGAUGUGAGAAUCUUGGAUAUUUCUGCAUUCUUGCACACUGGUGUUACACAUUUUGUACAUUGACCCGCCAAAGCCAAUGUGUGAUUUGCACAAUGUGGAUACGAGUCACCGUUCUGCUUCGCGUGAGCAAAGAUCUACACCUACCUUAUUUAAAGAGCAGUCCAGUAGCACUUUAAAGACGAACACAAUUGAUUCCAGCUUAUGCUUCCACGAGUCAAGGCUCACGGUCAUCAGAUGCAUGGAGUGCCCAUCCAAAGUAGUUAAAUUUAUACUUAAGAGUUCAAGGAUCAGAAAAUGGGAGGGGGAUGGGUGGGAAAGAAGUGACAAAGAGAGGCCAGCAUAAAACAAAACCAAUUAAAGAGUUGUCAGUAUCAAACAGCCCUCUUUACAAGUUGCAAAGUUUUCAAUGUUUGAUGAGUGAUGACAUGAGGACUUGGCAGGGGAUAUUCAAUGGGAGUUUUGUACUUCCCAGAUUCAUUAGUGUCCUUCUCAUGAUUGGCGUGCACAGGCAAAAGUGGCUGCAGCCUUACCCUCUGCAUUGUUCUCCCCUGCUUAAAUCACCCCUUGGAUCUGCUGUUGGCUCCAUUUGCAAAAUCGCAUCGUUUACAUGGCUGCACAUAUGUUUUUCAGCAGCUUCGCAUUCACAGGAUGUUUUAAAAGGGAGGGGAGGAAACAGUGCCAAGGGGAAGGCAGCUGCCGCUUCUGACUGCACACCAAGGUUGCACGGAGAACAGGACAUCCAUGAGUCUGGGAGGCAGAAAACGCCCAUAGGAUAUCUGUUUCAGACCCCUCGUGCUGUCACUCAACAAACAUAAGGCCUUCAUAAAUAGGUAGAAAGGCUCUUCUCUGUGCCUUGUUUCCAAAAUUCUCUAUGCUUUUUACUCCCACGGAUCUGGUGACAAUAGUCACCAUCCUGCUACCUACUCAACAUUUCACCACUGAAAAGAGACAUUCUUGUAGGACCACUGUUCUCAUACUAACAAUCACUGCUCCGUCCAUGAAUGUGUUGCUGAAAAAUACUACUCUGUUAGAUUCUGUAUGCAUUGACUCUGCUGCAAUUGCUGUCCACCAGUUUAAAAGCCAAACCAGUGUUUGUAUGAAUUUUAAUCGAUUAAUGAAUUGAUGAAAAUCUGCAUGUAGAUAACAACAUAAUUAUCUUUGUUCUUCAGUAAUUUAUGUCUGGUUCAAAGCAGGCUCUGUCUUAGUUUCAGGUGGGUCGACAUGCUGGUCUGCAGUAAAGCAGUAAGAUUUGAGCCCGGUAGCACCUUAAAGACCAACAAGAUUUUCAGGGUGUAAAUUUUUGAGUCAGACUCCCUUCUUCAAAUACCUCCCUUCUUCAGAUAUCUGUACUGAUAUUAAACAAGGCCAGUUCCAGGUUCCAACCAAGUACUUUAAGGUCCGUGUCCAUCAAUCAUGAUCAUCGAGGAAGGCCUACUCAGUUUGCCCCUACUUUUCAAAGUUAGGUGGAUGGCUAACAACAACAAAGUCUUUUUAGUGGUAGCACCUUAUCUACAGAAAUCCUUGCCUACUAUCACUCAUCUGGUGCUUUAUUUGACUAGUUUCAGAGCCAAGCUAUAAGUGACGCCUGACACAGGUUGGACACUUGUCA